AGCCAGAGGUUCGUCGAGUUACAACGCGACGUGCGGCCCGUGUACUCUCGUCUGAACUCGUAGACAACAACUUCUGGACGUACACUCUGCAAAGAAGCAAAGUUCGGAUCGAAAACGUGACCAAAAAACAACACGCUCAAAAGUUCCGGGAUAGUUUGUACUGAGGAUAGGGAGACAGAAAGCCAGUUCUUUGAUAGAAAUCUUUCCGGUGUAGGAGACUGUAGGUAAUUCUGAGGGCUGAACCAGGAUCCUUAUCUCUCUCUCUGUCAUACGCCUCACAGCCGCCUGUCUACGCUUGACGGCCGUCUGUCGACGAGUGCCAAUAUAAUGCAGUGGCUGAGCCAGGUGACACUAUGGGGCUACCUGGUCACCCUGUUAGCGACGGGACUAGUUGACGCGGCCAGACACAGCCACACCGACACGCUCUCCAGGUCGAGCGGUCUGAACGACCUCUUGGACCGCCUCGACUCGUCCAUACAGGAGAAGAACAGACGACUGCAGCGAGGCCUCUCCGCCUUCCAGUACCAGUACACUUCAUCAAGCUGGCGUCGGAGAAUGCCUGGUGGGUGGACGCCAACGGCAGGUGUAAGACGCCCCUGCGGCGGUGUGUGGCUGUGGUGCCGCCCCAGCACGAGAGCCCCGGCAUACGGUACUGGCCCCGCUGUGCGCUGCUCCACCGCUGCGGCGACGACGCCGGCUGCUGCAACUCCGUCGACAGCACCUGCGCCGUCGCUCACUCCGAGAACGUCCAGCUCUACUUCUACGCCUUUGGCUCAGACCGCGCCGGGGUGCAGAUGCUGACCUUCGCCAACCACACUCGCUGUACCUGCAAGCCUCGCUCAGCAGUCACCACCAUACAACCCACUAACCACGAGUGCAAGUGUCCUCGUCCCUUCUCCCCUGAGGUGAGGGCCGGCCAGUGCACCUGCGACUGCGACAACGGCAAGAGUAAGUGCCGACGACUCAAGAGAGGACGGGGUUACUUCUCCUCCCCUGAAGUCAGCUGCGUGUCCCGGGGGGAGUGCACUGAGCCCACCUGUGAGCACGGCCCCUUCCUCCUGAAGGAGAAACGCUGCACCAAGCGCAGGGAGCGGGAACGCUACACCACGGAGAGGAAGUAAGCAUCAUUGCAUGUGAUUAUGCGUUUCCUUUCUCCUCGCCACGGAGACAAGAUCUUCAAGAUGCUGACAGCGCCGCCAUCACCAGUUACGUCACGACAAUAGCAACAAGAGCAAUCGUAAAACAACAAAAUGUUUGUCUGGUGGAGUUUAUCCAAGUGUCUGACUGCAAAUAUAUUUAUUGGAAACUCCUCAACCAUGCAACACGUUGAAUUCAUGCGCAAGUAGCCUCAUAAAAAACACAUCACAAUAUCCUUAUUUUGUAAACUAUAUUAGCAUAUUGUGAAGAAAAAAACAGUGAACUUUAGAUAAUAUAAGUAGUUUUAAAAUGGAAAUAUUAUAUUUGCCUCUAAAAGCAGUGGAAGUUUGUCUUUCAAAUAUUUUUUUUUAUAACAAAAUACCCAAAGUUGCCAUAAAUAUAUGAACAAUAAACAAUAACAAUAAAAUUAUUCUGAAUUUAAUACCCAGACUUUUGAUCACAUAUACAUAGCAUGUGUAUAAAUACAGAAGUUUUACUCAAUAGCUAAAUUCAGAAAUCGUGAUUGACGUUUGUCAACAAAUAACGCCUAUAAUAUUAUAUAAAAUAUUAUUAAUAUUAUUAUUAUUAUUAUUAUUAUUAUUAUUAUUAUUAUUAUUAUUAUUAUUAUUAUUAUUGCCAGAUAACGAUUUCAAAUUAUAAAGCAGAAAGUGAAAGUUGCAGAGUUGUGUUCAUGUGUGGCCAGGAAUGUUAUGUAUGAUAUACAAAUGGCUGUAACAUACAGUGUGGUAAUGUAUUAGUUGUAGCAUACAGUCUGGUAAUGUAUUAGUUGUAGCAUACAGUCUGGUAAUAUAUUAACUGCAACAAACAGGCUGCUGUAUCUGUAGAAUACAGUCUGUUAAUGUACAGCUGUAGCCUACAGUCUGUUAAUGUAUUAGCUGUAACAUACAGUCUGUUAAUGUAUAGCUGUAGCCUGCAGUCUGUUAAUGUAUUAGCUGUAGCAUACAGUCUGUUAAUGUAUUAGCUGUAACAUACAGUCUGUUAAUGUAUUAGCUGUAACAUACAGUCUGUUAAUGUGUAGCUGUAGAAUACAGUCUGGUAUUGUAUUAGCUGUAGCAUACAGUCUAUUAAUGUGUAGCUGUAGAAUACAGUCUGGUAUUGUAUUAGCUGUAACAUACAGUCUGUUAAUGUGUAGCUGUAGAAUACAGUCUGGUAUUGUAUUAGCUGUAGCAUACAGUCUGUUAAUGUGUAGCUGUAGAAUACAGUCUGGUAAUGUAUAGCUGUAGCAUACAGUCCGGUAAUAUACCAACUGUGACAUACUGUCCCGUAAUGAAGUAGUUAUGCCAUAGACUUGAGUAAUGGAACAGGUGAAUUAUACAGAAGCAACAUACUCCCCACCAUCCACAGCAAAUAAUUGAUGUAUACUGUAAGGUGUUUACGCAGUGUUAAGCUGUGUAUUAAGACACCAACAAUGUCCACAAACUUCAUAAUAUAAGCUUCGAUGUAUCAGGUGCGGUUUUAUGAGAUAGGUAUAAUGCAAAAACAUAACUAUAAAAUUAUAACAGGUAUAUUUUGCAUGGAUUUAUUGCAUAUGCAAUGGUUCUCAUUCAUUGGUGGAGAGUGUGAUGAAGAUCAAGCAAAUUAAUCGUAUCAUAUAUGUAAAUUACAAUUAUUAAUUAGUCAAUACACAUUCAUAUUUCAUAGAUAUUACUGUUAUUUUAGUAGCAUGAAAGAGAUAAUAUUAUAUAGAAAAAUAACGUUUUGAGAAGAUAUGGAGUUGUUGAAGCAGUAAGUAAGUAUUAUAGAUACAGCAGAUAUAUACAGAUAUAGACACUGUAGAUACAGCAAUUUUACAGCUGUAACACCCCUUCCUGAUAUUAGCAUUCUGGGUUACAGCAAUCACUCACCUAUGAUUCUUUAUCAAAUUUAACUAAAACAAUAAUUUAGCUGUGUACGAUAACUCUUACAUUAGCAUUCAGGACUACAGCAGAUACAGCUAUCUGUAGCCGACAAGUAUAUUAUUGCAAUAAAUGGAGCGAUAGUCUUAAAUGUAGUAGUAUAUAUAUAAAUGUCUUCUAGGUUUAAAAAAAAUAUAGUGCUGUAUAGAGAAAUUAUAUUUUGGAGGAUUUUUCAUGAACUUUGCUCAAUAGUGUAUGUACAGUCUGGCCAAGAAAUGUUUGUAUCUCAAUGUUUCUUAUUAUACAAAUGAGAACUGUUAUACAUUUACUAAUUUUGUUAAAUAGCAAUGCAGCUAUUAUUAUUAUUUUUCUUUGGAAAAAGGUAUGGAUAGAGGAGGAACUACCCGAUUAAUUGACCUAUGAGGCAAGGGGAAUUAUUACCCCUAAUACCUGAUCAUGUAACGCUGGUGUAAGGCUAUCCAUCCUGGGUAUGAUAUCCAGGCUCUUGCAGAGAUUAUGGGAAUAUAUAUUUUUAGUACCACAACUGCACUGUCCAGCCAAGGAAGACUGAGGAAGCCAUUCUCAGAAUAAAAUUUUGAUUUGUA